AUGACGACCGCGCGAUGCGCGGCGUCGGCGCCGCCGUCGCCGUCGCCGCGACUCGCCGCGCGGAGGAGCGCCUCCGGAGCGUUCGCGUCGUCGUCGUCGUCGUCGUCGUCUCGACGCCGCGCGAAGGCUGCCGCGGACGACGACGACGCCGCCCGCGACGCGCGCGACGACGACGACGACGACGACGACGACGCGUCGCGCCGCUCGAACGCCACCACCCGCCGCGCGUUCCUCUCCGCGGCGUCGUUCGCGCCGCUCCUCGCGAACGCCGCGUCGUCGUCCGUCGCCGUCGCCGCGCUUUCGGCGACGUCGUCGCCGUCCUACGCACGAUCGGAGACGUCCGCGAUCGCGGCCUCGUCGCUCCCCGAGCAGCUCGCGGACGCGCUCGCGCCGUCCUCCGGCGCGAAAGGCCUCUCUCCCCUCCGCGCGUCCUCCGCGUCGUCCAUCCGGAUCCCGAUGACGCUCGAGGGCGGGACGUACGUCGUGCGAUACGCCAUCGGCGACGCGAGCGUGCGCGGCGUCCUCGACACGGGAUCACCGUUCGUCACCAUGGACGGGCGGUGCGGGAAGUACUGGGGGUGUCUGCGAGAGUCCGACGCGCGGCCGUCCGGGUACGGCGAGACGUACGAGAUCUACGGGCUGCAGGAGGACGGCGUCACGAAGUGGGUGUUGGGCGACGUGCGGUUCGAGGGGACGGAGGCGGGGGACGGAGGCGGCGGCGGCGGCGGCGACGCCGCGGCGGCGAUGGUGCCCGUGAGUCAGAACGGCCCUCAACCCGGACUCAUCAAAAACGAUGACGACGCCGCCGCCACGAAGUUCGUCUUCUCCGAGGUUCUCCUCGGCGUCACGAGCGAGGUGUCCUCCAGGCAGGGCGGCAGCUCCGUCGGGACGGCGCCGUUCGUGGGUCUCGUGAAAGAGCGCCAGGACUGGAUCCGCCCGACGUUCCUCGGGCAAACCGACGUCACUUCGUUCGCGUUGGAUUUCAACUCGGGCGCGUUCUCCUCACACUGGUCCCCAUACGACCGCGACCAGCUCACGCUCUCGCGUCGCGCGCUCAUCCCGGACGACGCGCCGGGGGUCAUGGAAAUGGUCGACCUGCGGCCGUUGGGGUCGCCGGUGUUUCACUACGCGGUGCGAGUCGAGGAGUUGUGGAUCAACGGAGGAAAGCAUCGAUCGAAAUCGAACAAGCCCAUCUACGUCGUGUUCGACAGCGGGACGACCGGGAUGCUCGUCGACCGCGACUUGUUCGACACCUCGGACCUCGCGUUGGGGUGUUUCGAGUGCCACAUGAAGCUCCGCGACCGCGACGGCGCGCGCGUCACGAUCGGAAGCAGCCUGCGAACGUGCGUGGGGCGGUGCCUGUUUCUUCCGACGCCGAUCGACGUCCCGUGGGAGGGCGUGCCGCGCGACGCGCACGUCGUCUUCGCCGGGCUCGCGUUCAUGUUCAACCAAGGGACGCUGACCGUGGACGCGGACGCGCGAAGGUUGCGGUUAGGGAACGCCCCGGGGCCGGUGGACGUGUGA